AUGGCCGCACCACCCCGGCACUCGGCGAUGCUCUCAAUGAACAGCGCCGUGGCUACGCCGCAGCCCAUGCCCGGCGACAUGUCUCAGGGUCCGCCACAAUCAUUAACACCUCAACCGUCACAAGGCCUACGAGUGCCGUCAAAUCGCAAGACAAUCUAUGACCGACACUUGAACCGCAGCCGAAAUGCGGAGCUCAGCCGAGCUAGCUUCGCGUAUCUCUUUGCUGAGAUGGUGACAUAUGCGCAACGCCGGGUAACAGGAAUUCAAGAUCUUGAGAAGAGAUUGAAUGAACAAGGGUACCCGCUUGGUCUGCGUCUCCUCGAUCUCCUCUUCUACCGUACAACGACAACCUCAUCCUCAGCUCUCUCCAGUUCCUCAACUUCCUCCUCGCCGCCCAAUCGUCCACUUCGUAUCCUGACCCUCCUUCAUCUCAUUCAUGGACCGCUUUGGCGCUUGCUGUUCGGCCGGUCAGCCGAUGCUCUUGAGCAUUCAGUCUCGCCUGAUACACCAAACGAGUAUAUGAUCACGGAUAAUGAUCCUCUCGUCAAUACCUAUAUCAGUGUGCCACGGGAGAUGAAUCAGCUCAAUUGCGCGGCUUUUGUGGCGGGUAUCAUUGAAGGCGUCUGCGAUGGGUGCGGGUUCGAGGCAAAGGUCUCGGCGCAUAAUCAACCGACGGAAAUGUGGCCGAGUCGCACAGUCUUCUUGCUCAGUUUUGGAGAAAGCGUCAUGGAGAGGGAGAAGGUGCUUGAGCGGUCGGGCAUCAAAUAG